AUGCAUUAUGUCGAACAUUUGCAACAAUCAGUAAUGGAUCCAGUUGAAAUUGAUGCACAGACUACUGAACCUGAGUUAUCGACUGGUUUGACAAAUUCUGAAACCCUUCAUAAUAUGCCUGAACCUUCUAUUGCCAGUGAUAAGCCUAAACACAUAGAAGCUGCUCAAUCGAAAGAUAAAGCAAAAAAACAUAAAAACAGACACAAGAAGAAGAAGAAAUCAAAUUAA